CCUUAUUCUUCUAUUCUCGCGGCGCUGUUACCACCGCCGCCUCCGCUUCUUGCGCAAUCCCAGAGUCCAAUCCCAGAGUCCAACAUGUUACAUCACACCCGCAGGCCCUUCACUUCGUGUAUACGACGCACCUAUGCUCGCCAGUCGAGCUCAACGUCGCAAGCCUACCCAUCGGCACCGUCGCCCUGGAGCGACACCGCCCACUCCAUCGUCCAAAAUUGCACGAAGAUGUUGACGACGCUCAAGCAAUGCCGCCAUCACACGUCACCAGUAUUAAGUUUUCAGCACAAGUUGCAAGUGUUUGGCGAACUGCAUCAAGUGGACGACCACGUGGACCUCGACGAGUUCAUGACCGGCGCCGACGCCGCCGUCGAUGUCGUGCUCCACGCGACCUAUUCGGAAGGAUUUCGCGCGUUUUGCAUGGACGGCACCAUGUGUCCCGACGUGGAAGUUCUGCAGCGUGUGUUGGCCGUGGAUUGCUUCAAUAAAUGUGUGCUCCAAGUGCAAGAAGCCGAUAAGCGGGGCAUGCUGUACGACCUGCGACAUCUCCACAUUCGCCACCGCUCGCUCCUCAAUGCCGACACCCACCAAAGGCAACAUGCGCGCAACUUCGAUUCCCGUAACGAUGGUUUAGUCCGAUUAGACGUGCACGUGGUCGUAGACCGGACCAUGCGCAUCUCGUCGAGGUGGAAAGACUUUGUCAUCAAGACGCCUGUGUCCAUGUUGUGGUCGUUUGAGUGCGAUGUCAACGCAAACGACGUGCAGUGGCAUAUUGUUGCCUUCGACGACCUCGAAUUGAGCAAAUAUAAAAAAAAGUAAGUUAACGUAAAAUGCCAAUUAAUGGCGUAUGUGCCAAUUAAUAAAAUUAUAUAACUAAGCCAA